AUGCCCUCCCAGCUCAGCGAAUUUACCACCAAUGAGAUCAUUGAAUUUAUGACCAGUCAAUGUUUAACGUCCCGGAGAAAACACGAGCAGCGCCCGUGUUUCAGAAGCCUCCCUAAGGGCAUGGAGACGUGCUACGCUGGAGAGAUUUCUAUGUACACAGAGAGAGAAAACAGAAUCCAGGUGGCAACUCUUGAGAAGACUCAGCUCAUUGCAAAGGAUUUUUCUGAGCUGCGCAUCCACUUCUGGCCCGACGAGAGAGCACUGAAGAAGGUUGUGACAGGAAAAGAGCAGAGAAUGACAGAGAGAGCAAAGAAAAGAAGGAAGAAGAAGCAUUUGAGCCGAUAG